CUGUGCAGGCGCAUGGAAUGAAACGCCGAGCUCCAUCCAAACACGGAUGGUACAUGAUUUGUCAAGUGUACUUCUUUCUGGGAAAUAAUUGACUGGAUUUGCAUGGGAAAAAGAUAAAUUGCGUACACUCAGAUUGUUUUUCAUGUAACUCUUUGCUUUUGUUACGGCUAAACUUCUAACAGAUCGUGAUUUGCCGUGAAGAAGUGUCCGUGAUUUGAGUUAUGCGCUACAGCUAAAUAGGCCCUUUGUUGGAAUGGGGAGAGAGCAGGAACUUAGAGAUGCAGCUAAAGAUGGAAAUGUUCCCAAGCUGGAAAGCUUGUUGGCUGCAAAGAAAGGCUCUAUUAUGUCAAGUCUUCGAAAAGCUCUUGACAUCAACUGUCAGGAUGAUAAUGGCAACACAGCACUUCAUUUAGCUGCUCUGAAUGGUCAAAGAGAGGCUGCCUCACUCUUGCUUACCAAUGAUGCAUCUGCUAACAUCCCAGAAACAAAAGGAAACUACCCACUUCAUUUAGCUGCUUUUAAUGGCCACCACGAGGUUGCUGACAUUCUCUUAAACCAAGGACCAUCUAGAGCCGAUGUUCUUCAGCAGAACAGUGGAGAAGACACACCUCUGCACCUAGCAGCACAAUAUGGACACACUCAAGUUGUUCAAACACUACUCCAGUGCCAUGCAGAUCCACACAUGCGAAACAAGAAAGGCGAAACCCCAUUGGACCUUGCUGCAAUGUAUGGAAGAUUGCCAACGGUUCAAGUUUUGAUCUUAUCGGAUAAAAGCCUGGUGAGGGAGCAAACCGAAGCUAUAAGUCCGUUGCACGUUGCAGCAAGAAAUGGUCACACAGCUGUGAUAGAAGCCCUGCUGGAUUUUGGAAUGUCGGUUAAUGUCAUGUGCAACCCUGGCAGUUCCCUUCACGAAGCUGCACUUUUUGGCAAGGUUGAAGCAGUAAAACUUCUGUUGAAAAGAGGUAUUGAUGUGAACGCAACGAAUGAUGCUGGAGACACAGUUGUAGAUCUAUUGGAGGAUCUUCCAUCUGAAAGAUCUCAGGAGAUAACCGCCCUAAUUUACGAACAAAGCCAGCUGAUGAUGAACUCUGUUCAGCAGCGAUCAAAAUCGAUGAGUAUCACUUCCCAAAGCUCAAAUGGAACUGUACCAGGAGCGCCCAGGGAUUGGACAAAUGAGCAUAACUCACAGUUUGCUGGCGCACGUGCGGCCUCAGUCUCACAAAAACGCACCGACUCUCCAUACUCUGUGGUUCAAGUUCCGCGCAUUAGCCGGAUUGAACCGAGUUUCGCUCAGGCUUCAAUAAGCCCUCUACCCCCGGAUGCUGCUGGACAGGAGGAGGUUUUCAACGAUUCUUUCCUUCGAGAAAUGAAGGCUGCCUCGCCAACCGUACCGGAGGUGCCUGAACGAAUGAGCACGCUUGAAUCAAGGAAGCCAGUCGUUCGCAAUGUUUAUGAAAUGACCGAACCACCGGAUGGUGAAAACACUUCAGAAGACGCACUUUAUGAUGUCCCUCCCCCGCGACCCAAGGGUGAUUCGGUUUUGUCCCAGGAUUCCGAUCCAUCUUUUCCUCCACCCUCAACAGACGAAGCAAUUAAAACUAUGCGAAAGUAUGCUGAGGCCCAAGAGAGGCUUCAGGAAACUCCCUCAAAAUCGCAAAAUAGAGAAACAGCUCAGGGCACCCGGGGGACUAGUCAGAAAGGUAGCAACAGGAAUGAACAAAAGAACAUUAGUGAUUUUGCAAAGUUGCAUGUUAAAAUGUCACCCCCUCCUCAAAACAAUGAUGUAUACCAUAAUGUGAAUAUUUCGAAUCGACCGUUGCAAAAUUCAAACCCGUCGGAAGAUCUGAUAUCUUGGGAUGUAGGGAAACCUGCUCCGGAACAACGACCCACGUCGCAGUUUUCACCAGUUAAACAAAAGAGAACGGGAACUUCAGUAAAAGACAAAUCGAGAGAUGGAAGUAGGCCGGCAAGCACAUUAAAUGAAUCGUAUGAAUGGAGCAAGAUUGACAAAAUAUUUUCCUCGUUUGAAGAUCUUAUUCAGUGCGAUAUCAACCUGGACGAUGACAUUGAAACGCAACAGCCGGAUUCGAUAGCCGAUUGGCUUACGAUUCUUGGCCUUUCCUACUACGAGGCGUCAUUUCUCGCCAAUGGAUAUGAUGAUAUCGCAUUUAUAGGGGGUGAUAUGCUCGAUGAAGAUGAUCUGCGAGAAAUCGGCAUUCAAAAUUCUGAACACGUCAGGAAAAUCUUGGUUUCCGCAUCAAAACUGCCCAAUCCUCCCCAAAUUGGGGAUCCUGAUUUUCCCAUUCCAGAGGCAGUCUCGGAAUGGUUAAAGCGAAUCAGUUUGCAAGAUUAUGAGACUCGUUUCAAAAUGAAUGGAUAUGAAAACAUGGACCGCGUGCGCGCCAUUUGGGAGUUCGAGCUAACCACGGUGAUUGGAAUACAUUUGACCGGUCAUCGAAAGCGAAUUAUAUAUUCCCUAGGCCGGCGACCAGAACAAGAAAGAGAAAAAGUUUCAUGGUCACAAAGAUUUGCCGAUGCGGAGGCUCCUAAGUCAAAACAGCAAUCUUCUGGUGAUGACGCAGUCGAUCUUGCCAACCAGCUACUUAGGGCGGCAGAAGAUAUGGCCCAGGACUUUGGCAACAGGAAGGGUAAACAAGAGACAAAAGACGCCCCUCCUCCACAAUCGCCAACACCGAAGUCUCCGACAAGUCCCAGAAUACUAAAAUAUCAACCAUCCUUUAAUUGGAUCCAUAAACCCGAGGAUUUGCUUUAUUCGACUGUCAUGUACGACACCCAGUACUUGGGAUCACACCCUGUUAUGGUAGUUAGAGGCACGCAGUCCACAGUUGAUGCAUGUAAGAAAAUGAAGUCAACAAGCAAGAUGCUACAGAAGAUACCAACUAUAAAGUUGUCAAUGUCUGUGAGAGGAAUCGAUUUUAUUGACGCACAAAGCCAGUCAACAAUCAGUUCAUAUGAUAUCCGUUACAUCUCAUACUGCGCACAGGAUCCAGAUGAUCUCUCAAUAUUUGCCUACAUCACUAAAGAUGCCAAAACAGGAAAGCACUAUUGCCAUGUGUUCAAGGGAUACACUGCAGCGCUGUCUGAUGAAAUUGUCCUCACUAUAGGACAAGCCUUUGAGCUCGCAUAUCAUCAGCACCGAGUUUUGAUUGAACAAGCAAAAACAAGUAAACAAGGAGAAGAUGAUAAGAAUUUUCAUGAAGCCAAGAAUGAUUUGAGUUCUGCUGCGACCAAGGAAGAGCGAAUUCCACCUCCAAAGCCAAAGCCAUACAGCGGGAGAAUGCUAACCGAACCUUCAGGACAGCGAUGAUAUUGGUAGAAGGCAGUAUUCCAGUGAGAAAGCUCCGUUUAAUCUGGAAAUGGUGUUUACGUCCGAUUCCAAACGACAAAUUUUGUAAGAAGUGACGGUUAACGUGACAAGUUACACACAUCCGGUAUGGGUUAAUUCGUUAUAAUUCGUACGUGGAUUUAUGCUAUCGUUAUUAUUGGAAAAUAAAUCAUCUAGUAAUAAGUGUGCAAUGAAAACUUUUAGUGACGAAUUUCGCAGCUGAAUAAUGAUUGUUGAAACUUCCAUUACCCAGUACCAAGGUCUGAAGGGAGGAGCACGUCCUCGCAGGGUACUGUGCAGUUCCAAAAUGCAUGCCUUGGCUGCGAUUGCCUCCAUUCUGCUCAUACCCUUAAAAAUUCCAGCAAUUCCAAAGUUUAGAUCGUUGAUACAAUGUCUGCUGACACACCAAACAUCAUAUAUAUUUUCUUCGAACCAAGCGAACCCAAAAGUUACAAAACCAAGCGAACCCAAAAGUCUAUAAAUAUCGGGCAAAAUUGAAUUAUUCCAGACAGUUAUGUCCUCGGAUACAGCCCAAUUUCCAUGCAAAUUCAAUGGAUUUUGCGAUUGUCUUCAGAAAACCCGAAUGCCAGGAUUUGUGACCUAUUAUUUGCUUGCUCUGCCCAUUGAUUGUUCUAUUUAGAAAUUUAUAAUGGAGAUGUAUUUUGAAUAAAUACCAUAAGAAAUAUAUUGUAUGUAUAUGAUAUGUUUCAACAAUUUUUUUAUAAUAUGGAUUUUCCUCUAAAUAAUGCUAGUUUUAGUCGUAUUUGAUAAUUCAUACAGUUUUUUCGAAAUCAAUUCAUAUAAAAUUGA